AUGAGCAUCAACCCAUGUGGCAUGCACCCCAUGUUCGCGUUAGACGUUCCAGCUCCCUUCCCUGCCCCACACGCGACCGAGGCCCUCCCUGCAAGGAACAUCUCUCCAACAACCUUUAAAACAUCCCGUCCGCCGGUCCUGGGGCGAAGACGCUCCGUCCGGAGCAUGAAAAACCUCUUGCCACUGACCCUGCCCUCCAGCUCCAGCAACAGCUCCAACGCCAGCUCCUCCAACUGCAGUUCAAGUUCCAGAUCUAGCUCUAGCUCUAGCUCCAUCUUCAGCCCGCAGCCGAUCAUCUGUCGUCCUGUCUCGUCGCCGCUGCCAACCCAGUUUCAACCACACCACCAUCACCACAGUCAUCACACACGUUCGCAGCCGCAUACCGACCUCUCCUACGGAUACCAACCCGAGAGUUUAUGCAUCCGAGCCGGCGUCAUGGCCGAAGCCGCGGAACCUACCAUGGACUGCAACCUGCCGGAGCUGCUGGCCCAGGACCUUGAGUUCUCUGCCCUCAUCUUCGCCGCCAAGAACAUGACUGCCGGCGCGCCCUCGCCUGCUCUCGCCUCGGACGAAGACGACUGGCACGACACUGCUGAACCUCCUUCCGUCCUCGGCGCACCAUGUCAUCCCAACGGAGUGGCUCAAUUCCAGCCUCUAGGUGCUAUCGACGAGAAAAGCUCGGCCAGCGAUGCGAGCCACCAUGACAUUUCAGACGCCGCUUCAAGCUCGAGCGGUGACUCCUUUAGCAUGGCCGGGGGUGACCUCGACGGCGAAGACGACGCCGCCGAAUCACCGCACAUUCGCCAACAUUCUGUUCUCACUGCAGACACCACCAUUUCCGCCUCAAGCCAACCCGUGAUCGCGUCAUCUUCGUCGCAAAAACGAGUCGUCUCCUUUGGAGGUGAAGCAGACGGAAGCUUGGAGAGCUGGAUGGACUUUGAGCCAGACGCGCCGGCGGAUCAUCCCGAGCUCGGCAAGAGCCUAGUCCAAUCGCCCGUCUUGACACCCAUCAAGCCGGUGCGGCCGCUAUCCCGACUAGGCGACCGGUCCAUCAACGAAUCACCGCCCCGGGCCAAGAGCGCCAAUGCCGCAGCCACUACGCGCCGGCUGUCCAACCCGUUUGAGGGUUACACCCGGCCCACCAGCCGGGCCCGGAGUCUGCAUCUAGACCCUACUGCGGCGGCCGUUGCUGCUGCCGCCAAGGAGCAGAACCGCCAUUCAAUGCACUCGAUUCACUCACUUCACUCCGUCGACAUCGCCGUGCCCACGCGUUGCUCAUCGCUAAAGCACCGCGUCUCAUUCACCGAUGACGCCCGCAAGGCUAUCUCUACUCGGUCUCGUUCGCGUUCGCAUGCGUCCUCGCGGCAUAGGCAACCCGAUCACAUCGUCGCGCCGGGGACGGAUCGUAGCUCUAUUAUCUCCGACCUCAAGGAGGAACUGGAGCCAUGGUUCCGCUACCUCGAUGCGCAUGACACGCCGACUUCAACUCCCCGCCAGGGCCUGGCUCCCCCUCUACUUGUGACACCGCGCCCGACCUCCCGCUCCGGCGCCGCUGGCCCUUCAAGAGCAUACACCACACCGACUCCUCGUCCCCGAUCUCAGGCUCAAACAAGGUCUCGGCCUACAUCGUCUCUUAGCACAUCAUACACUUGGCUCGAGGACCCGAUCGACAUUCCGCCUCCUCCCUCGGACGACCAAAGCCGCCGUAUUCCUCUUCCUCCCAAUGUGAUGGAAUCUCUCCGCGUCUCCGUGACAUGCUUCCCCGAGACAACGCUUCUCUGCUCCAGCCUCUCCAUCGAGACGAUCCGUAGCUAUUCCCGCAAGGUCAGACAACCAGCCGCUCCGGAGGCUCUUCGCCCAGACACACCGCCCGCGUCUCCGAAACGCUGGCGCUGGCUCAGCUCCCGCCGCACUACCAAUCUCAACCGCCGCUGCUGCUCCCGCGGCGCAUCCUCUUCCAACCUCGAUCUCCCCUCCUCUGCCUCCCUAUCGCCGUCAACAGCCACCCUCGUUGCUCCACCCCAGUGGUCCCGUAUUCGCAGCGUCUUCCCCCAGGGGUCAGAUUGGCUCUGCGACGCCCUCUACGCCCACAUCGUCGCGUACAACUACCUCGCGCCCAUGGUUCAGAACAGUACGACACAGUCGCAGCCGAGACCUCCCACACCUGCUAGCCCCAGCAGCAGCAGCGUCAUCACGGAUGACUCCAUCCCCAAGAAGGCCGCCACCUUACUCGGCCUUCAGGGCAUGCAAGGGAUGCAGGACAUGACGACAUCGCCACCGCCGCCAAAGUCGUUGCGGAAGCGAUCCAGCAUGUUUCUCGGCCUCCGGACCUGUUCAGCAUCACGACAGAGUCAGAUUCCAACGCCGGCUCCUCCUGCUGUGCCAACAAUGACGCCGGCAGCACACUCGGCUGCGGUCUCCGAUGUCCCCCUUCGGGAGCUGCAGCAGGGGUUGUCGCGGUGUAUCGCGCACCUCGUGACGACGUUGCGCGCCGGGGGGUCCGGCAGGUCUAUGGCCGGAGGCGACCUGAUCAACGAGGUUGAUCCGCUCGUCAUGCGAUCUCUGUGCGAGAUUGUCAAGUGCUGCGAGGAAUCGCCGAGCACGACAAAUGAUCGGUCUUUGUAA